AUGGAGUCGCCGAAGCUCGUCCCCAUCAGAGCUGUUCCAGGCUUGUUCAUCUCCGAUCGCUUUGGCGCCUAUUCAGCACACAACCUCAAAGGGCACAACAUCGCUCGCGUUCUGUCAGUGUUGCAGCCCCACAAGACAUGGCGGCCUCGGAACCGUCUUGACGCUGGUGCGCCUGUUGAAGCAGACGAAGGCCCAGACGUCGCCGUCGCCAGUCCCGAAGUCAAGACCGUCGAUAUCGAUGACGAUCCCUUUGUCGAUAUCCUCCAGUAUCUGGAGGAGGCCUGUGACUGGAUUGAAGCGGGCUUGAAUCAAGGUCAAGACCAAGAAGGACAUGUUGCAGGAAAUUCGCUUCAGCCAGGCGUUCUCGUCCACUGUAAGCAGGGCAUCUCCCGUUCAGGAGCGUUUGUUGUGGCAUUUUUGAUGCGGAAGUUCAAGCUAUCGUACUCGGCUGCUCUGACGCUGGCAAGAGAGUCACGCCCAGAAAUCUGUCCGAAUAGCGGGUUUGAAAAGCAGCUUCGCGUCUGGGAGUUCUGUCAGUACAACGUCUACCUCGUCGAUGAUGAUGAUGAUGAGGAGCAAGAGGUAACACAGAGGCCUCGUCGACGUGAGAAGCCGUCAUACAAGGCCUGGAUAGCCGAGCGGGAUAACAUGCUGAAAAGAGGAGAGGAGGAUGUCAAUAGAGCUAGGCUUUCGAGUCUGGCGAGCAUGGCUGCGAGAUUCGGGAGACGGAGGCAAGAGGACGUUGCGGACGACCAAGCAAAAAAUCCAACUGAAGACGAUGGGGAGAGGAGUGCAGAGCAGAAGAAGCGGCAGGAAAACUGGGAAAGGGUUCGGAAGAUGGAACAGGAUUGGAAUGAGAGGUUGAUUCGAGGUCACACCUAUGCUGGAGGUGGCGACGCUCAGGAUCCGAAGGAGUGA